UCAGCGAACGGCUCCCAUCCAUCACACAGCGGGAAACACCGAGCGGAACCAGGACCACAAUGGACCCACUGGAUCGCUGUGGGAUUACUCUGGCUGCGCUGCUCUGUGUGGCCACACAGGUUCUGUGCCAGCUGUGCAACAGGCCCUGCCUCUGCCCUGCUUCUGUCCCUCAGUGCGCUGCGGGCGUCCCUCUGGUGCCGGACGGCUGCAGGUGCUGCCAGGUGUGCGCUCGGCAGCGAGGCGAGUCGUGCUCAGAGAUGCUGCCCUGCGACAGGCAGAAAGGACUGCAGUGUGACUUCAGCGCCAGCUUCCCUGGAGACCCUGGCGAGUGUGUCGGUGACGAGGAUCUGAGCUGCAAGGUGAACGGCAUCACGUACCUCAACGGCCAGUCGUUCCAGGCAUCCUGCGACUCUUACUGCCACUGCCGAGGCGGAGGGGUGAGCUGCGUGUCGGCCUGUCCGCUGACGGGCCGUCUUCCCACUCCAGACUGUCCCAGCCCGCAGUUCGUCCGCUUACCGGGGAAGUGCUGCAGGGAAUGGGUGUGUGAAAACCUGGAGAACACCGUGAUUCAAGACGCCAUGACAGCCAUGAAUCCAGCCAGGUCGGGGUCAACGAUGCCAGGAGCUCCUGUCCUGAAACAGCUGGUCCUGCCAGCCUCCAGCUGCGGGUCUCAAACCAAAACCCUGCCUAGGGGACAGCAGGGAUGGUGCAAAGCCAGCUACAGGUCACCAGGUCCCAUCCGACUUGUGCAUCAUGGCUGCUUCAGCAUUCAAGCCUAUCAGCUGCGGUACUGUGGCCAGUGCAGCGACUCUCGAUGCUGCACGCCGCACCAAACCUCCACCGCUCAGGUGACCUUCCGCUGCUCUACGGGAAGACUCCUGCAGAAAGCCGUCAUGAUGAUCCACUCCUGCGUCUGUCACAACAACUGUCCCUACGCGCCUUACACAAACCCGGCUCUCUGGGCACACAGGCCCUGAUUGGUCUGUGGAGAAUCGGACGACUGAUCUGAUAGGCUGACUGGUGAAAAACAUCACAAGGUUCAAUGUAAAUGAGGAUCAAAUGAGGAUGAAAAUGAUCAGAGGAAACUGUGACUGACCUGAACGAAUGUUGAUUUAUACACAUUGAUAAACUCUGCACUCUCUUGAAAGCUUCUAGAAGCUCUGGCAUCUUUUAAAGCAUUUGUGUGCUCAUUUUCAUUCACAAUUUAAGCAACUUUAGUUCAAAAGCAUUCUCUUAAAUAGGAGCUGUUCUGCAAAAUUCACAUUUUGCACUGCAAAAAUACAAAAUCUUGCCAACUACUCUUGUUUAGUUUCUCGUGCAACUUGAAAUAAGACAAAAAUUACUUAUAAGUAAAUUUUCUGCAAGAUAUAGGAGGUUGUUUAAAGUAAAUAAUUCUUUAAUAUUGAUGAAAACGUGCAAAUUCCAUUGGCAGAUUAUUUCAGUUUUAAUAUGGGAAAAAUGUUUUGUUGUAAAUGAAAUAAUCUGGCAAUUGAACUAGAACAUUUUCAUCAAUAUUAAGAAAUUACUGACUUAAAAUGAGCUCCCAUAGUUUGCAGAAAAUUUACUCAUAAGUUUGUUUUGUCUCAUUUCAAACUUACUAAGAUAUUUGUACUAGAAAUUAGACAAAAAUUACUUAUUUUGAUAUUUUGUGUUUCUGCAGUGACCAUGUUUUUGUACUUACAUUUGGGUCUCUACUCACAUUACCUUGCAACACAGCAGAACUCUGUUCGUUAACUAGCAACCCCAAUGGAACUCUGCCCAUUACCUAGCAACCCCAGCCAAGCUCCAGCUUGUUUGGCUGUUUGACUGUACAAUGGCUGCUGGAAAGACAAUUGUUUUGUUGUUGAUUUACCAUCCAGAAACCACUUACUGGAUUCUUGUUGGUUGUGCAGGAGGCUCCACUUCUGCUUUUCAAAGGUAAUAAUGAAGCAUAAUUGCGCAUCUAUUUGCAGCCAUUUUUACAUGUGAGCUUAAACGUUGAGUUGGAAGGAGUGACCAGCAGCUUAUUUGGAUAUAAGGUGAAUUGAAACAGUUUGACUAAGAAGAGGGAAAAGAAAUUGAUUUAUUUUCUUGUAAACCUGACCUUUGACCUAAUUUAAAGUAAUACAUAUUUUAAAUGCUUGUUUGAAUAGCUGAGCAGCAUCUUUUGGAGCUAACAUGUAAAUAGAUUCUAGUACAUGUACAUUAUUUGUUCAUAGUGUACUUUAAAGAAUAACUGAACAUUGAUUAAAUUUUUUUCUGCAACCUCUAAAAUGUACAGUUUUAAAGUUGUAAUAGCAGUUUAUUGAUGUUGCACUUUGUUAUUUUUUUGUGUAUAAUGUAAAUAUUUUCUAGACAGAAGCUUUUCUUCAAAUGAAUAUUUUUAUAUCCCGCGUCAUGGAGUUUUUUUCUAAAUAAAUUUUAUGUUUUUACAAGUUUUGAAUUGAAUUCCUAAUGAAAUUUGUGGUAUUUUUAACAUAUUUUACUACUUUGUACUGGUUGUGGAAAGUAACAAGAUCGUAGAUUGUGAAACAAAUUGCUUUUGCAUGUCAGAGCUGCUCCUUCUGUCAACUUUCAAUCCUGCUAAAACAGUUUGUGUCUGAAAUGAUAGCUGUAAUCAUCCUGUGCUGCCUAUUUAUUUACCUUCAGACAAGG